UACCAAUGACUUAUUGAUAUCACUAAAGUUAUAGUGGCUUACAAAGUUAGAUAUGCAGUCAAGAUAUAAGGCUCAAAAUGCUACUUAAAAAGGCAAUUGCCAACCAUCUAAGCUAGAGCGAAGUGGUUCAACCCUCUCAAAAUUUAUGAAAUGGAGCGUUAUGUGAUCACAGUAACCAUCUUCUGCGCGGUGAUUACAAGAAUAUCCUGCUGUGAUAUCGUAAAACUCACGUUCCCUAGUGGAUUCAAGAUAGGGACUGCCAGCGCCGCGUAUCAAGUCGAAGGAGCCUGGAAUAUCAGCGACAAAGGAGAGAACAUUUGGGACCAUUGGACGCACAAUCAUCCCGAGUACAUAAGAGAUGGACGUAACGGAGACGUUGCCUGCAAUUCGUAUUACAAGUAUAAGGAAGAUGUGGCGCUGAUUAAAUCCAUCGGAUUUGACUUCUAUCGAUUCUCUGUCAGCUGGUCACGCGUCCUUCCAACCGGCUUCACAAACGUAAUCAGCGAAGAUGGUUUGCAAUACUAUAAAAACUUGACCGCAGAGUUGGUGGCGAAUGGUAUUGAACCUGUUGUAACAAUAUAUCACUGGGAUCAUCCACAAGUUAUAGAGGAGAUGGGGGGAUGGACGAACGAACUAAUAGUAGACUGGUUUGUGGCUUACGCAAGGGUUCUUUUCGAGGCACUUGGAGGCAGCGUCAAAAGAUGGAUAACCAUGAAUGAGCCCAACUCUUUUUGCACAGAUGGUUAUGAAGACACUGUUAACGCUCCAGGCAAAGUAAUAACCGGUAUUGGCAAAUAUCUCUGUGCACACAACGUUUUAAAGGCCCAUGCUAAAACUUAUCGUAUGUACGACGAAGAGUUCCGUGAUGCUCAGGGGGGCAAACUUGGAAUAGUACUUCCUAUCAUAACGUACUUGCCAUACAACUCUAGCUAUACUGAGGCUGCUGAGGUCGCGUUCCAAUUUGUCACUGGAUGGCUAGCUCAUCCGCUGUACUUUGGGGAUUAUCCUGAAAUCAUGAAAACGAGAGUGGCGUUGGUAAGCAAAUCCCAGGGUUACCCAAGGUCACGUCUUCCCGAAUUUUCAGAUGAAUGGAUAGCAAUCAUUAAUGGUACCAAUGAUUACUUCGGUUUCAAUCACUAUACAUCAAGGUUAGUCUAUGAUGACCCUGACGAAGAGCUUGGAAUUUACAACUCGGACAACGGUUUGAUAGUAACUGUUGAUCCAAGCUGGCCCCUUGGAGGUUCUACUUGGUUUUAUAUAUACGCGGCAGGAUUUGGCGAGCUGUUCCGCCAGAUUAGAGAUGAAUACAGCAAUCCACCAGUAUGGGUUAUGGAAAACGGGAUCUCCGAUGCCGAUGGAGUAGACGAUUAUGAUCGAAUUAAUUACUUUUAUGAAUACGUCAGAGAGAUGCUGAUAGCCAUAAAACGAGACGGAUGCAACGUCGAAGGCUACGCUGUUUGGAGCAUAAUGGAUAACUUUGAAUGGAGCGCUGGUUACACGGAACGAUUUGGAAUCACGUAUGUGGAGUUUGACGACGCUGAUACGAACAGAACCGCUAAAUUAUCGCAAACCUGGUGGACGAAGGUUCUCUCUAAACGUAAGCUCCAAUCUGUCCCCACAAGUACCUACACUCGUACCAGAUUACCCUGGCAAAAGUAAUCGAUAAAUGAAUGUCAAACCUGAACUUGUGCAUAUCGAUAAUACUGGUGUGCAGGAUCGUUUUAGAAUGUAGGCUUAUUCUAAACUGACACUGCCUAUUUUCUCGAGUAGCACUCUUCGUCAACUUCAAUUAAAGUUGCAUUUUGAGUGAACUACACUCGCGUAAAAUACUAGGUUGUUUCCUUUCCACGCACUAAUGGCUUCAUGUAUAUUUUAUUAUCAAGGUUGAAUCGGAAAAUUAUACAACCGUUCAUUGACUAUACGCAAUUGUAAUCCUGAUUACAUUAUUUUUGUAAAUCGCACCGAGAUCUACGUUUGUAAAUAAAGAAAAUAACCUUGAAAUCAGCCUCUGCCGUGUGAAUCGUAGAAACAAAUGAAGAUGUUAUAACAAUUUAUACCAACGAUGCGAUCUUCGUCAUUCGUGCACCUUGCAAAAUAUUGAUAUUGCACCAGGCUACGUAUACAGAUAAGUAUUAUACCUAAACGCACUUAAAAAAAAAAGGAGGAAGUUUUACCGGCCAACAUCCAACAUGGUCUGCAUAGUUAUCGUCAAACUGGAAAGCCCAGUACAAUCAACGAUAACUGCUUCGAUGUUAUCCAACGAGUUCUCACGGUGUCUUGUAACCACCCCUGCCUUCGAGCGGAUGAAACCUGUUAGACAAACUUGAUCCGUAAUUAAUUUGUAAAAGAAAAAUAAAAGCUCCUUCCCCCUUUUUUAA